AUGUCCACCUUCCUCGACAUAGCCGUAGAGCUCAGACACUUAAUCUACGAUCACCUCGCCGCCGACCCCUACGCCAACAACACCGCCCUGCUUUCCACCUGCAGACAGAUCAACCAAGAAGCUCAUGUGGUUUUGAUGAGAGCGAUUACUCUGAAGAUACCAUACGACAUCCGCGAUCAUUCGAAGUCCGCUACCUCCCUCCAAACACGCUGGGCUUCCCUCCCACCAAGAACUCGCCAGCAUGUCGGCGGAAUUCAUUUUAACAUCAACCACAUCGAUGAUCUCUCCGUCGUCUCCGCCUCCCAACUGAUGCUCCAGUUCUGUGGUCCCAAGAACUUCAUCGACCGCGUCAAGAUCUCACCAGUUCAGAUUCUGUCGCCGAUCGACGGCAAGUGCGUUUCUCCAAUGGAAGGCAACCUCAAGAUCACAUUCUCCGUCGAGGACUUCGACCCGGAAAUAAUGGAUCGCCUACACUUUCUUCACGAAGACAAUUUGGUUGAAUUCUUCUAUGCACUUCAACAAAAGGCGAUGGAGAUGGAGACGAAUGGGCCUAAGAAGUAUAAGGAGGUGGAGGAGGAGCUUCUUCGGAUGUUGGAUGUCGGUUACUCCAGACGCUCUGCUACCCAUGAGCGCUUCUUCUUUCCCGUCUUGCAUGUGUCUGCACGAGCUCCAACGCACUUCUACGACACCACAACACCAACAUCUCUGAACCCUGGUAUUCCAGCACACCACAAGCACACACUGUCGGCGAAAAUGGCAGUCUCUGGAGUCCGAUAUGCACUCAACCGUCCGAUCGAAGAAAGCGACAGUCCUUUCGUUGCCACUCCCCGCCCAGACACACUCCCUCCUACCCGCGCUCAGAUCGACGACCCGGACUACUUCGAGACCGACGACGGUGGCUUCAUUGUCCCAUACCAGCGUUACAUCGUCGUAGCAACUGACCAAGUGGUCGGCUACGAUGGCAAACCACUUAACGUCGUCAUCGGUGCGCGGAUGACAAGCGUCGACAGCUUCCUGACCUGCCGAUUCCAUGAUGUACACUUCGACUACCUCGUGGACACAUCUGAGCUCGAUGGCCUGCCGAACCCUCCGAUCCCUUGCAACACUGCCAAGCAUCGCAUCUCGGGCGACACCACCCCCAACCUCGUCUGGAUCGACCGCUACAAAGUCGCCUCGAGCAUCUUCCUCAACCUCGGCCCCCUUCCCCAGCCAUACACUCCAUCCGAUCGCCUCGCGCAAAUCACGCGCGACUGGGAAUCCGUCUUCACGCCUACUGGUCGCCGAGUGCAAUACGAUGCCCACCCGAAGCCCCUCGACAAUUGUGUACCCCAGUAG